AUGGAACAUCGUGCUGCAUUGACACCUGCCACUGUUAAAAAGUUGAUGGAUGCUGGAUUCAAGAUCACUGUGGAACGCUCUGAUCAACGUAUUUUUGAUGAUGAGGAAUAUGCAAGAGUGGGUUGUCCUCUUGUUGCACCUUUGAGCUGGAAGACCGAUGCACCGGCGGAUGCAUACAUUGUCGGCCUUAAAGAGCUGCCUGAGAACGAUGACUCACCUUUGCGUCACAAGCACAUUUUCUUUGCUCACUGUUUCAAGAAUCAAGGUGGAUGGCGUGAAUUACUGCAACGAUUCGACGUGGGUAAAGGCACAAUCCUGGAUCUCGAGUUCUUGAAUGACGACAAUGGCAAGCGUGUUGCUGCAUUCGGAUACAUGGCAGGCUUUGCUGGUUCAGCAGUUGGCAUUGACGUGUGGUGUCACCAAAAGAUCCAUGGUGGUAAAAAGUCGUAUGGCGUUAUCAAGCCUUAUCCCAAUGAAGAUGCAUUGAUCAAGUACACCAAAGAACGUUUGGCAGCUGCAGCGGCGGCAAAUGAUGGCAAGAUGCCCAAGGUCUUGGUGAUGGGUGCAUUGGGUCGUUGUGGCACUGGUGCUUGCAACUUUGCACGUAAAGCUGGUGUGCCUGAGGAGAACAUUAUCAAGUGGGAUAUCAAUGAAACCAAGAAAGGUGGCCCUUUUCCCGAGAUCUUGGAUGCAGACAUUUUUGUCAAUUGUAUCUAUUUGACCAAGAAGAUUCCUCCUUUCCUUACACGCGACUUGGUGAAUGGUCCUCGCAAUUUGUCGGUCAUUUGUGAUGUUUCAUGCGAUACAACGAAUCCCAACAAUCCUGUGCCAUUGUACUCGAUUAAUACUACAUUUGACAACCCUACCGUUCCGGUCGAGACCUCAAACCCAUAUCCAUUGGACGUCAUUUCUAUCGAUCAUCUGCCGACCUUGUUACCGCGUGAGUCGUCGGACAUGUAUUCACAUGACCUCUUGCCCACUAUGCUCGAACUCAAGGAGCGACAUACUUCACGCACUUGGCAGGAUGCGGAAAAGCUGUUUCACCAAAAAUUGAUUGCAUCACGCACACCCAACGCUCGCUUGUAA